GUGAAAACAACUUCUAGGCAUUGCAGAUUAUUUCAAUGCAUGAGAUCAUACUACUUUUAUUCUCUUGUUCAAUUAUCAAUGUUGAAUGCAUUAAAAUUGGAUCAUUUAACAUACAAGUGUUUGGACAGAAUAAAGUUUCUAAAACGGAUGUUUUAUCAAUACUCGUUAAGAUAUUAUCUCGAUAUGAUUUAAUUGUAGUGCAAGAAAUUCGUGAUGCUAAGAAUACAGCAUUCAGACAUCUUGUAGAUGAAUUAAAUAGGUAUACUAAAGGAAAUUACAAGUUUGUAAUAAGUGAGAAAUUAGGUCGAACAAAUUCAAAAGAACAAUAUGGUGUGAUUUAUAAACCAGAUUUAAUCAGAAUUGGAAAGAUGGUAACGUUUGACAAUAAAAAGAAUCUAUUUGAGAGACCACCAAUGGCUGUAGAAGUACAUACAACUAGUUCAGCGAUUCCAAUGUUUGCUUUAGUUGUAGUACAUUUGGAUCCAGAUAGUGUCUUUGAAGAAGUAAAUAAUCUAUACAUUUUUGUUAAGCAUAUUAUCAAAGUCUGGCAUACACAGUUUAUCAGAAUGUAUGGAUUACAAAUGUUCUUAUUCUCGGAGAUAUGAACGCGGAUUGUGGUUAUCUAUCGAAAAGGAAAAUGAAACAGAUACAUUUACGUACAGACACGGAAUUCGUUUGGGCUAUUCCAGAUCGUCAUGAUACAACUUUAGGCAAAGGUAAUUGUGCUUAUGAUAGAAUAAUUAUACAUGGGAAACAACUGAAACAAGCUGUCAAACAAGGAAGUGCAAAAGCUUAUCAUUUUCCAAGCGAACUACAAAUUGAUAAUAAAUUGGCGAAACAAGUCAGUGAUCAUUAUCCAGUUGAACUGGAGCUUUAUUAGGCUAAUCACAACCUCUUCUUGAAUUUCAAAACUAUUUUGUCAAUGUUUACUUGUACAGGGAGAAGAUAAUACAUGUAUUCGGUACACUAUUCCAGAAUCUCAUACCUUUCUUAUAACAUAACAAUCAUUUUUUUUGUAAUUUUUUGCUUAUAUGAUGUAAAUAUAUGAAAAAAAUCAGACUUAAUACAUUAUCUCAUUGUUUCAUAUUAUCGUAUUUCUAAAGUUCUUAUGUCAUCGUU